UUGUGGGCAGUGUGGACGAGAUCAUAUAAAAAGGCUACAGUACAGUAGUGGAAGUGGAAGUGGGCCGAAGUGCAUCCGGACCAGAGGCGGACGGAACACAACUGUGCGUGUAGGCAACAUGACCUCAUUAAUGUGGGGACUGCUCUGUGUCAGUGGCAUCCUGGCAUCGGCAACUCGGGGAACUUUCCCACAGUUUGGGUCACGCAACCGGCAGAUCCACUCAAUUAGCCCUUCAAUCCCACGAGUUUCCCCGCACGGCCCUCCAAGGGUCUCCCAGCGCUUUGAAGAUAUCAAAUCUAUUGAGCAAACCUCUGACGAACUGAGUGCUGAAACUUUUCAAGAGGUCCAGCGGGGCGGUUCCACAGCGCGAGCCUUCCAGCAGCUGCAGCAGGGUACCCGAACAGGUGCCAACAACCUGGCGCAGGAGAGGAGAACGGACAAUGGAGCUGGUGGCACUAAUUCUAGGUUUAAUCGCUAUCAGUCCUCCCAUCACCAGCCGUCUUCACAGCUGCAACACAACGCUGCACCAUCUGCACCCUGGCAGCCCGCUCGAAAUCCGAGUGGCUCUCUUGCAUCCAUCAGAACUGAAGCAGCAACAAGAGCGAAUUGUAGAAAUCGUCCUAUAGACCUGGUCUUCAUCAUAGACAGCUCCCGCAGCGUACGCCCUGCUGAGUUUGAAAAGGCCAAGGAGUUCCUGCAGCAUAUGGUGGAAAGCUUGGAGAUCGGCUCGGACGCCACGCGGGUCGGCCUCGUCAAUUAUGCCAGCACAGUGCAGAUUGAGUUUCAACUAAAGACCUAUUUUGCCAAGUCUGCCCUGAAGCAGGCCCUGGCCCGUGUUGAGCCCCUCGCUUCAGGCACCAUGACAGGCAUGGCCAUCAAGACCGCCAUGGAGAAAGCUUUCACUGCGGAGGCGGGGGCGCGAGCUAGCUCGGCGAACAUUGCCAAGGUAGCCAUCAUAGUGACAGACGGGAGGCCCCAGGACCACGUAGAGGAUGUAUCAGCUGCAGCUCGCGCAUCUGGGAUCGAGAUCUACGCAGUGGGAGUAGACAGAGCGGAUAUGGCGUCCCUGCGCCUCAUGGCCAGCCUCCCACAUGAUGACCAUGUCUUCUAUGUGGAGACCUAUGGUGUCAUUGAGAAGCUCACUUCCAAAUUUAGGGAAACCUUGUGUGGUUUGGAUCCGUGUUCUGAGGGACACAAUUGCCAGCACGUUUGUGUCAACAAUGGCAACUCAUACAACUGCAAGUGUCGCAAGGGCUAUGUCUUGAACCCGGACAAGAAAACGUGUUCACGUUCGGAUGCAUGUGCCCAGGGAAAUGACUGCCAGCACAUUUGUGCCAACAAUGGGAACUCUUACAUCUGCAAGUGUCAAGUGGGAUACGUGUUGAACAUGGAUCAGAAAACAUGCUCUCGUUCAAAUGCAUGCGCUCAGGGACAUGACUGCCAGCAUAUUUGUAUCAACAACGGUGACUCAUACAACUGCAAGUGUCGAGUUGGAUAUGUGUUAAAUGCAGACCAGAAAACAUGCUCACAGGAAAUGAGAGGUGAAAUAACUCAAGAUGCCUGCAUGUGUGAAGCUCAGAUUGUGUUCCAGAAAAAAGUACAGUCAACCAUACAGGAGCUGAGCAGAAAACUUGAUGAACUUUCAGACAAAGUGAACCUGAUUGAGGGCCAACAGCAGUAUUAAGGACAGUGUUGAAGACGUUAGAAGAUGUGUUCAGGACUAGCAAUGUAUCCAAUUCUUUUGACCAACAGAAGUCAUCUGUAACCCUCAAAAACUCUUAAUGUUUCAGUAAAAAUGUUUGGUAUAGUUCUGCAUGAUACUGAGUUUUCAUGCAGUAGUAUAAUGAUUGUUUUAUAUUAUAAAACCUGCAUUUUGCAUCCACAACAACUGUUACAGUAAAGUCACAUGUAACUGGUGUAAACGUUUACAUAUAACUGUAUCUUUGUAAGAAAAGCUACAUUUCUUUCUGGCAGUGUAAGCCAUUGAGAUGAGUCUCAAACUAUGUAAGAUAAUUAGGGAAGUUUUGGAAAAUGGAGACGUGCAAUUCUAAAAAGAAAAACAAUGUAUAAACAUGUCAAAAGUUUACUUUCAUAAUGAAUGUUUUUGGUGGCAAAAGUGUUGUACCACAUCCUUGUUGUGUAUCCACUGCUCCGAGGGCAUUUAUUGGUCAGUGUUCUUGAUAGAACACAACAGAACAACUAAUCUCUCAUACAAUAAGAGCAUUGUUGUUACUCCUCUGAUUGCAGCAUUAUUAUGCAGAGAAAAGACCAAAAUAAAGCCUGAUCUAAUUGGCCCAUGGUAUUGCUAUAAUACUUUUCUUUGAUACCAGAAAGAUUGCAACAACUGUGUUGUUUGGUAAUUAUUGUUUCUUUGUAACAGGUCCAGGACAUGUAUUUAGGGGGAGAGGGAAAACAGUUUAGGGAGUUCAAGGGUUAUAGGACCGCUUCAAUACUCUGCACACUUGGCAAGUCUUGACCAAAGUCUCUGGUAGCAGUCCUAGCAAUUAUAUACUAUUUCAAUGCACUAAGUUUUGAAAUUGUGAGAUUUUAAGAUCCACUCAGUUUUUUUUUCAUCCAGGUAUUUUACUGCACAGUACUUUCUUCAUACAAUAGACACAUGUACUGUAUUUUCUACUUUGUGAUAUAUCCAUGAAACACAU